AUGUCUGCGGCCGGUAUCGAUCGGCAACGGUUUGUUUCGCUUACCGACGAUGAAUACGAUGAAAUCAAGUGCGGUAUAUGUCUCGGUGUACUCAACAAACCUCUGGUCAACCAAUGCUGUCAACAGUCUUACUGUGAUUACUGUAUACACGAGUGGAUCAAAACAAGCAAAACGUGUCCCAAUUGUCGCAAAUCGUUGACCGUUAAGAAGUUGUUUCCGGCGCCACGUUUUAGCGUCAAUCUCAUCGAAAGACUAGACAUUUACUGUGACUUUAGGGACGACGGCUGUCUUAAUGUCUGUAAACUCUCGGCUCUCAACCAACACCUUAACAGUUGUUUGUUUAAUCCGAAAAAUAAGUGCCAGUAUUGUGAAGAACAGAUAUUCUCUGCUAGUGAUCACAAAUGUGGUCCACAACUAAAGGAAUUGGUCGACAGUUUACGAACGGAAGUGUCAGAACUUAAGACAUCAAAUCAAAAGUUGCGGUCAAUUACGAGAAAACACAAGUCACGGGUCGAAGAAAUGCAGAAACAAUUCGAUGAAGAGAUGAACCACAAGAACGAAGAGUUCGAGACACUGUCUUUAGUUAGUCAACAUAUGGAGCAACAGGUUUCGGCUCUUCAGCGAGAGGUAACAGAUCUCAAGACACAGAAUCAGAAUUUGUGUCAACAAAAUCAAAGUUUUUCGGGUGAAAACCAAAAGCUAAGACAAGAUAUGAAAGAUAUGCGCAAACAUUGUGACGAUUAUCUCAAUACCAGAGAGUCGCUCGAGAAGAGUAACCAAAGUUUGACACAAGAAUUGAUAGAAUUGAGACAAGAGUUGGACUCAAUUCGCGAACAAUCUGUUCAAUUGAAGGCCGAUAACGAAAGCCUAAAAAGCAGUCAAUUCACAAAUACAAAACACAUGACAGACGUAAUUAAGUCGGCCAGAGAUCACAUCCGUGAGCCAGAUAUCAAGCGAUCAAAGUUGUCGAAAAUGUCUCAAUCAUUGGCUAUUAGUAAGAUUACGACUGCUAUCACCACAUUUGACACAUACCGUGACAUUGCCAUCAAUCUGAAGAAAGACAUCGAAUCGUAUAAGAGAGGCGUCUUCUGGCAUACACUUGUCGUCAGCGACACAUGUAGUCAUCUCAUCACUUAUACUAAUGAAGAUAUCAUAGACAUAGCGUUUGGCGAACUUAGAGUCAAACUCUUCUCAGUCUAA